AUGAAGAUCAGCGACCUCUCUGCUCUUACUCUCCUGGCUCUCCUUGCUGGGACUGGCGCGGCAGCCCCGACUGCCCGGGACUCUGCCGGUAAUCCACCGUUACGCGGCUCCGAGGACCUGCUGGGAUACUCGGCCUCCAACAAGCUGUCCCCUCAUUCCACCGAGGACAUCAAGUACACGCUGGCCAGCGGGCAGAAGGACGAUGCCGAUCUCGGGGUGUAUCUCGACUUUGAGACCGUAGACAAUCCGCAGCCUAUCCGUGGUGAGCUCGGAGGCACAGACCCUGGUCCUCGAAACUAUGCCUAUGAUAGGAUCAACAGCGACAAGCUAGCUCCGCCGGGCACGGAUUCCGGUCAGACUAUCAAUGCGCAGUGGCCAAUGGACAACGCAGGCUGGGCCAGGCAGGAAAACACCAACGUCAUGCCCGACGCCACCAAGAUGGCUGGCGUCGACAUGCGGCUGGAAGCAGGCGCCUACCGCGAGCUGCACUGGCACGUCGCGAGUGAGUGGUCGCUAGUGCUGAAUGGGUCGUGCCGAAUCCAGGCUAUCAACGAGAACGGCGAGACAUUUAUCGACGACGUGACCGAGGGCGAUGUGUGGUUCUUCCCGCCGGGCGUCCCUCACUCCAUCCAAGCCCUCGAUACAGGCGUAGAGUUCCUCCUCGUCUUUGACGACGGAUCCUUCUCGGAAGACAACACCUUCUUGGCCAGCGAGGUCUUCGCCCAUAACCCCAAAUCCGUCCUGGCAAAAGACCUAGGCCUCCCGAUCAGCGCCUUCGAAAACAUCCCAGACGACGAACUCUACAUCUUCCCCGGCACCCCAGCCCCCAAGGACAUCGAAGAACAGAACGUCACCACCGCCGCCGGCGUCGUCCCCCUCAAGGACAGCUACUCCUACCACUUCUCCGAGCAGCCCGCCCACCAGGUCGCCGGCGGCUCCGUCAAGAUCGUCGACCCGGCCACCUUCCCCAUCGCCUCGAACUUCGCCGCCGCCAUCGUCACCGUGCAGCCGGGCGGCAUGCGCGAGAUCCACUGGCAUCCCAGUAGCGACGAGUGGACCUUUUUCAUCCGCGGCCAGGGGCGGGCGACCCUGUUCGAGGCGCCGAGUACCGCCACGACGUUUGAUUAUCGCGCUGGUGAUGUGGGGUAUUUCCCGCAGUCGCGCAGCCAUUAUAUCGAGAAUACGGGGGAUGAGGAGUUGAUGUUUUUGGAGGUGUUGCAGGCGGAUUCGUUUACUGAUAUUGCGCUGGGCCAGUGGAUUGGCUCGACGCCGAAGCAGAUCGUGGCCGAUACGCUGAAGCUGCCGGAGAGUGCGUUGAGUAAGUUGAAGACGGAGAAGCAGUAUGUGGUUGCUGGGUCGAAUGAGACUUCUGUUGCGCAGAGGUGA